AUGGCGCAAAAUCCUCAGGGUUCGAAACCGAAGUGGAAGGUGGGCUCUUUUCUCCAGCAGGCUGUCGCUGGUGUGGAGUCGAGAUUGGAUUUGAUACUAUCGGAAGAAGAUGAUCGGACGCAACUACCAUCAAGACCGCCAAGUGCGAACGCAACGCAGACAGGCAAUCUUUCCCGCAGCUCGUCAAACGCGCGAAAAAAUGAUCGUCUUCAAGAACGUCUCGCGCGUGCGGUUGUCAGAUCUAGCACCCCCCCGGCGGGUGCUACUCCUUCUCCCCAAAGUCGUGUCUCGUCGCCUGUCACGAGUCCGGUUCCCAGUAACGAUGCGCGCGGAAGUAUGGAUAUAGAAUCAAGUCUUGGAUCUCCCCCAAAGAAUCCCGAGAAGCCCGCAGACAGCCUUGCUAAACACGAUGAGUCUCUGUCGGCUUCCAUGGCAAACCCCAGGACCAGCCAUGAUUCCGGUGUAUCGUCUCCGGAGCAAAAGGAGGACAUCGCCUUGAACGGUGCGACAGAAGCUGUCGAAGAUAGCCGAUUAUCAGCCGAGGAACCUCGAACGUCCCGAGAUUCUCAAGAGCCCGCUCAAUCCGGCGUCGAUACUACCGCGACCACCGUCAAAACAGACCUCAAUGACCAAGAGAAAACAAUUGCGCAAAUGCAAGCAGAAUUCAAAGCCGCCGAGUCUCACUGGCAGGGAGAGAUGCACAUCUAUAUUGAACGGAUAGAUGCUUUGCAGUCGAAGCUCAAGUACUUGGCCAAAGAGGCUGCCGAGUCGGCCAAGAAAGCUGCUGCAACUGCGGAGCCCGGAAGCACAGAGAAGCUGCUCCGAGAGAAAGAUGAGAAGAUCGCGCUGCUCCUGGAGGAAGGCCAAAAACUCUCGAAGACAGAGAUGGACCAUCGGAUGGCAAUCAAACGGCUCCGGCAACAGUUGACCGAAAACUCUAAAGCUCAGGUCGAAAACAAGAAGAAGACGGACAGGCUGGAAAGGGAUCUAGUCAACGCUGAGACUAGAGCCAAGCGAGCUGAAGCUGCGGAGAAGAGAGCGGCCGACUCUUUGUCUGCUCAGAUGAAAAUGUCUCGAGAUUUUGAGGCCAUCUCAUCAGAGCGCAAUUCUCUUAGUCAAACUGUCCAAGAGCUGAAGGGUCAGCUCGCCCGAGCUGUAGCACGCGCUGAAGCGGCUGAAGCGAAAGCUCAGUCCGAUGCUCUGGAGAAAGAGAAGCGGCGUGCUGCUGAGUUGGAGGAGGAGCUCACAAAUACCAAGAUUGAACGCGAUAUAAACGAAGAGAAGCUGAGAAGAGAGAUCGAUGAUCUCAAGAAUGCCGUCGAACAAGAAAAAGAGAGGGCUCAUGCGCUCGAGAUUGAAUUGAAAGGCGAGCAGUCCAUCUUGGAAAGCAAACUGGAGUCCCUUCGAUUCAAAGCAGAAGAAGCUUCUUCUGGGGUUGCCAGUGAAUCACAGGCAAAGCUGCUCCGACAGAUAGAAACUUUGCAGACCCAAUAUGCUGUUGCCAGUGAAAAUUGGCAGACCCUUGAGGGCUCCCUUCUUUCGCGGCUAGCAAAUGUGGAAAAGGAGCGCGAUGAGGUUGCCCGGCGAGAAGGAGAGUUGCGUCGAAAGGUCCGGGAAGUGAAUCUCAAGUCGAAGCGAGUCGAGGAGGAACUGGAAGUCGCAAAGGAAACAGAGCAAGACCUCCAGGUGAAACUCGAGGAACGCAUACAAGAACUCAAAAAGCUGGAGCAAAAGCUCAAGAAGGCCACAGACGACUUAGCCUCGGCGCAAAAAGACUUCGUCGAACAGAAGAAAGUCUGCGACCUGACAUGGACGCAGAAACUUGAGGAAGAGCGAGCCAAAUGGCGAGAACAGAUUGCCCCAUCCCCGAACUUCCUCCAGCAGCCUCGAACAGGAUCACCCGUUGCAUUCAGCCGUCGACCGAGCAACUUGGACCCUGUCGCGUCCCUAUCCGACUACCGUCCUAGCAGCCGACGUGCUUCGACCUUACCUAUGACAUCGCCAGAAAUAGGCACUCCGUCGCGACAAAAUUCAUUCCCAGCUUCGACGCAUGCCGUGCUGUCUCCUCCAGUGACAAACAGCGCUUCCACCCCGCAUAUUACCGACGCGCCUUCAAUAACUUUUGAACCGGAUGAGUUCUUUAGUGGCUCUGGCACUCCUUCUGCAUCUGGCGGCGCUCACACCCAGCCUUCCCGCGGUAUCAACGACAUCAUCUCCGAAUCCACUGUCGGUGCUGGCCCCUCAGUGCAACUGGUAGAGCGGAUGAGUGCCACAGUUCGUCGGCUGGAAAGUGAGCGAGCCGCAUCGAAAGACGAGCUCGCACGGAUCACAUCCCAGCGCGAUGAAGCUCGGCAGCAAGUGGUUGAUCUUAUGCGAGAGUCGGAAGAGAAAAAGGAAGCCGAUGCUCGCGUGCAAGAGUUGGAGCGGCGGCUUGAGGAAUUGGACCAACGAUAUCAGACGACCCUCGAGAUGCUAGGUGAAAAGAGCGAAAGGGUGGAAGAGCUCCAAGCUGAUAUUGUGGAUAUCAAGCAGAUGUACCGCGAACUGGCCGACAGAACCAUGCGGUAG